CGACAGGCUCCGCGCGCCUCACCCGCCAGGUUUUGCCUGAGCCCGCCAGCGUCCGGGAUGGAGAGCUCAGAUGAAGCCGCGGACAGUAAGCAGCGUGUCCACUUGCGCCCUGACUCGCUGCGUGCUGCCGCACCGGCUACGCUGCACCUCCUGCCCUGCGAGGUUCAGGUGAGCCGGCCAGCUCCGGUGGAACGCUUCUUCACGCCCGCGGUGCGCCACGGUGUAGACGGGCUGCAGGUAUCGUUUCGGGGUCGCGGCUUGCGGGGCGAGGAGGUGGCUGUGCCGCCAGGUUUUUCGGGAUUCGUGAUGGUGACGGAGGAGAUGGGAGAGGGACUGAUAGGGAAGCUGAACUUCUCGGGGGACGCGGAAGACAAAACGGAAGAGACCCAGGAACCGCUGGAGCGCGAUUUCGACCGCUUUAUGGGAGCUACCGGCAGCUUUAGCCACUUCACUUUGUGGGGUCUGGAAACGGUCCCUGGCCCGGAUGCCAAAGUGCACAAGGCCCUAGGUUGGCCCAGCCUCGCUGCAGCGGCUCACAGGUCAACCUGGAAACUUUCUCAAAAUAGGAUUUGACUGUCUACCCCUGGCUGGCGAAGAACUCCCUACAGACUAGUAGAGAUCACCUGCCUCUGCUUCCUAAGUGCUGGAAUUAAAGCAUUUGCCACCAUACCCAUCCAAGAUCCUUUCUGUUUGUUUUUGACAAAGGGUCUUACAAUUUUGAAUUUUGAAUACACCAGCUUCAGCCUCCUGGA